CCUACCAUUUGAUGGCCACGAGAGAACGAAAAAUUGGAACAGUUGAUUGGUAAGUUCAAUGCGUGCUGUGCUGCCUCCAAUUGCAAUUCCAAAUCCAUUUGGUUGAACUCCAACUCCAACUCGCUCUCUGCAAUGUCGUCGUGGCAGUGCCAUCAUCUUAUUUCCCAAACUGCCCCUGCCAGACUCCCAUUCACAACCAGAGCCAUGGCGGCGCCUCACCCUCACCCUCAGGUUCUGCAACUCGCCGACGUCGCUAACAAAGCCGCCGACGCCGCCGGACAAGUCAUCCGUAAAUAUUUCCGGAAUAAAUUUGAAAUUCUUCAAAAACAUGAUCUCAGUCCAGUAACCAUUGCAGAUCAAUCAGCUGAGGAAGCUAUGGUUUCAAUCAUACUUGACAAUUUCCCUUCUCAUGCUAUUUAUGGAGAGGAAAAAGGGUGGAGGUGUAAAGAAGACAGUGCUGAUUAUGUUUGGGUAUUGGAUCCCAUUGAUGGGACAAAGAGCUUUAUCACUGGGAAGCCCCUAUUUGGUACUCUUAUAGCUCUUUUACAAAAUGGGACACCAAUACUUGGCAUAAUUGAUCAGCCUGUGUUAAGAGAAAGGUGGAUUGGGAUAACUGGAAAGAGAACUACACUGAACGGACAAGAGGUGUCCACACGCACUUGUGCUGACCUUUCUCAAGCAUACUUGUACACCACAAGCCCACAUCUGUUCAGUGGAGAUGCAGAAGAGGCAUUCAUUCGUGUUAGAGACAAGGUUAAAAUUCCAUUGUAUGGCUGUGACUGCUAUGCAUAUGCUCUUUUGUCUUCUGGCUUUGUGGAUCUUGUUGUUGAGUCUGGUCUGAAGCCAUACGAUUUCCUGGCAUUGAUACCUGUUAUUGAAGGCGCCGGAGGUGUUAUAACUGAUUGGAAAGGACACCAACUUCAUUGGGAAGCUUCUCCACUUUCAAUCGCAACAAAUUUUAAUGUUGUGGCAGCUGGCGACAAACAGAUUCAUCAACAGGCUCUAGAUUUAUUACAGUGGAAGUGAUGGUGUAGAUGUUAACCCGAGUACUAUUUGUUUGUAAUCUUCUCUGGAAGCCGUUCAGAUGUUUCCAUGGACGUUUAUCACAAUAGUAUUGUUCGGCAUUUAUUUAUUAAUCUGAACACUGACUCUCAUCUUUGACAAGCUUAUACAGAAAUUAGCCUUUUUAUGA